AUGCUGCUAAUCAAAGUCAUGAGCUGUCUCUUGCCGUUAGCUAUGGGGCUAAGAAUACAACGGUCAUCCGGAACAUUAGUUGAUUUCACUGAUCCCAAAGUUCAAGGUCAUCUGGAUGCUCUGGUUCGAAUGGCACAGUCCUGCGUCAUCAAAGUUCGAGCAACUCCUAAGGAUGUGAGAGCAUACUUCACCAACUCCUCACCAGUCUCCAGAUCUGGGCAAUGCUUUGCUGCCUGCAUGUUGGAACAGAGUGACGUCAUCAAUCAUGGGAAGGUAAACAGAGAACUGCUAGUCCACCUCGCCAGUUUGGUCAACGGCAAGAACUCCCGCGUGGUUCGCAAACUAAACACUGUCUCCCGACUUUGCCUGGACAGCAUUGAUGGCAUGUCUGAUAGAUGUCAGCUGGCUUCCACAUACAACGACUGCCUUAAUGAGAACAUGAUUGAAUUCGCCUUCCCCCUGGAUAUAGCUGAGGAAGCUGUAAGGAAGAUGCCUUUCCAUCUCAUACAACCGAAAUUGCCUAACAUCAGUAUCAAUUCAAGACGUUCAUGA